UUAAGCCCAGGAGUUGGAGGUUGCUGUGAGCUGUGUGAUGCCAUGGCACUCUACCGAGGGCCAUAAAGUGAGACUCUGUCUCUACAAAAAACAAACAAACAAAAAAACACGUUUCUUCCAAAGAAGCAAUUCUGCUAGAUGACAGGCCUGGUCUCUGCCAUUAUAAUCUGUGCAACUUUCCAGCCUCGCCUCAGCAUUAGAUCUCCCCAAGAAGCAGUGGUAGGAAUUUGUUCACAACUGCAAAAUUCUAGUGCCUAUACUGGUUGUGUUCCCAGAACUGAGGAGGCAGCCCUCAUGUAAGUUCAAGUCUGCCCUCUUAGGAGGCAACUUACAACUGCUAAAAAAAGAUGUUUUUCUUUUUUCAGUCUCAAAAUCUCAGGGUGUUGUGGCCAGUGCACUUAGAUACAAAAGAAAGAUAAGACAGGGCACGAAAUGGACUCCACAGAUACUGUUAGAACAUUGCAAACCUGGGUUAAAAGGAGUGGAUGCAUACAUACAGCCUGGGUAGGUGCAAAAAUAAGGGAGAAAGAUGGAUAUAUCCUGGAGGGGGAAGGUAGGGGAGUCACAUCAGGGGUGGUGAGUCAGAGGAGGGAGGGAUGUGAAUCUGUUUUCUGCUACCUUGGGCCCAAGCAGGCUCAUUUAUGCCUUUGCUCCUGCAGAGUCACAUGUUCUGAAACUAUGGAAUCCUCCGGCAUAUCAGAUGCGGAGGGAACCCCAACCAACUCAAGGCCUAUCUGGGAAGGGGAGCAGGCCACGCCCAGCGUAAGGUCACGUGUGAAUGGGUGAGUGACGCAGGGCCUGUAGCUCCUCACGGGGCGGAGCGCGGCGCCAGUGGGAGGGGCUUCUGGCCUAGCGUGUGUCUCUAUUGGCUCUCAGGGCUGCUUUGGAGUCCUGCGCCGGGCCGCAAGUCUGCGUCUUCUUCCGGCUGGCGAACUCUAAAGAGCGGCUGCUUUGGCGGGAAUUGGCUGUGGGUGUGAGGUCAGUUUCCUGUAGAGAGAGGGAGAAAGGCAGAAGUGACUGUUUCCCGGAUUUUACAGGCCCUUAUAGCCACCAUGUUGGAAAGCAGACUUCAAACCCAGCAGAGGAGCAGCCGCAAUGGCCGGGAGACCAGCCUGUCUUCCUCAGGCUUUGGGAUGAAGCUGGAGGCUGUCACCCCAUUCCUGGGGAAGUAUCGUCCCUUUGUGGGUCGCUGCUGCCAGACCUGUACCCCCAAGAGCUGGGAGUCCCUCUUUCACAGAAGCAUAAUGGAUCUAGGCUUCUGCAGUGUGAUCCUGGUGAAGGAGAAGAACACCAGGUUCCGGGGCUGGCUGGUUCGGAGGCUCUGCUAUUUUCUGUGGUCCCUAGAGCAGCACAUACCCUCCUGCCAGGACACAUCUCAGAAGAUUGUGGAAAGCACUGGGGUACAGAAAAUUCUUUCAGGGAAGACCCCAGGAGGAGCUGGAGAAGGCCAGGUGUCCAACCUUGUGAAGAAAGAGGUCCAGCGCAUCCUGGGCCACAUCCAGGCCUCACCCCAGCCUUUCUUGAUCAGGCUGUUCAGCUGGGUGCUGCUGAGGUUCCUGAACUGCCUCUUCCUGAAUGUUCAACUCCACAAGGGUCAGAUGAAGAUGGUCCAUCAGGCCACCCAGGCGGGCUUGCCGCUCAUCCUCCUCUCUACUCACAAGUCCCUACUGGAUGGGCUCCUGCUGCCCUUCGUGCUGCUGUCCCAGGGCCUGGGUGUGCUCCGUGUGGCUUGGGACCCCCGUGCCUGCUCCCCUACCCUCAGAGCUCUGCUAAGGAAGCUUGGAGGACUUUUCAUGCCCCCAGAGGCCAACCUCUCCCUAGACAGCUCUGAGGGAGUCCUUGCAAGGACUGUGAUCCAUGCGGUCAUGGAACAGCUGCUCAUCAGUGGGCAGCCCCUGCUCAUCUUCUUGGAGGAGUCCCCUGGAGUCCAGGGGCCACGGCUGUCAGCACUGGGCCAGGCCUGGCUGGGACUGGUGGUGCAGGCGGUCCAGGGGGGCAUUGUCCCAGAUGCUAUGCUGGUGCCUGUGGCUAUUACCUAUGACCUGGUCCCAGAUGCACCAUGUGAAAUAUAUCAUGCUUCAGUUCCCCUGGGGCUAUGGACAGGAGCUCUGGCUGUCCUGCGGAGCCUGCGCAGCUAUUGGGGCUUCAGUCCCCGGGUCUGUGUCCGAGUGCAUCUAGCCCAGCCCUUCUCCCUGCAGGAAUAUACCAUCAAUGCCAGGAGCUGCUGGGGCAGCAGGCAGACCCUGGAGCAGCUGCUGCAGCCCAUCAUUCUAGGCCAAUGUACUGCUGUCCCAGACACUGAGAAGGAGCAGGAGUGGACCCAAGUAACUGGGCCCCUCCUGGCCCUCAGGGAAGAGGACCAGCUCCUAGUCAGGAGACUGAGCCGUCACAUCCUGAACGCCAGCGUGGCCAGCUCAGCGGUGAUGAGCACAGCCAUCAUGGCAACACUGCUGCUGUUCAAACACCAGAAGGGUGUAUUCCUGUCGAAGCUCUUAGGGGAGUUCUCCUGGCUGACAGAGGAGACUCUGCUGCGUGGCUUUGAUGUGGGCUUCUCAGGACAGCUGCGGUGUCUGGUGCAACACACGCUGAUCCUGCUGCGAGCACAUGUGGCCUUGCUGCGUGUCCAUCAAGGGGACUUGCUGGUGGUGCCACGGCCUGGCCCAGGCCUCACACACCUGGCACGCCUGAGUGCUGAGCUGCUGCCUGCCUUCCUAAGUGAGGCUGUGGGUGCCUGUGCUGUGCGGGCGCUGCUGGCAGGCAGAGUGCCACCCGAGGGGCCUUGGGAGCUGCAGGGCAUAGAGCUGCUGAGCCAGAAUGAGCUGUACCGCCAGAUCCUGCUGCUACUACAUUUGCUGCCACAGGACCUGCUGCUGCUGCAGCCCUGUCAGUCUUCCUAUUGCUACUGUCAGGAGGUGCUGGACCGUCUCAUCCAGUGUGGGCUCCUGGUUGCUGAGGAGACCCCAGGCUCCCAGCCAGCCUGUGACACAGGGCGACAGCGUUUGAGUGCAAAGCUGCUGUGGAAACCAAGUGGGGACUUUACUGAUAGUGACAGUGAUGACUUCGAGGAGGCUGAGGGCCGGUACUUCAGGCUCAGCCAGCAGUCGCGCUGCCCGGACUUCUUCCUCUUCCUCUGCCGCCUGCUCAGCCCGCUGCUCAAGGCCUUUGCACAGGCCGCCUCCUUCCUCCACCAGGGCCAGCUGCCAGAUACUGAGUCAGGCUACAGAGAGCAGCUGUUCCAGUUCUUGCAGGCUACUGCCCAGGAAGAAGGUAUCUUUGAGUGUGUGGACCCAAAACUUGCCAUCAGUGCUAUCUGGACCUUCAGAGACCUAGGGGUUUUGCAGCAGACACCCAGCCCUGCAGGCCCCAGGCUCCACCUGUCCCCUACUUUUGCUAACCGGGACAAUCAGGACAAGCUGGAACAGUUCAUCCGGCAGUUCAUAUGCAGCUAGAACUCUAAGGUGUAACCUAUGCUCCUUAGCCCCAGAAUGUGGGGCCUCCUUAGCCCCAGAAUGUGGCUGUGUCCUACAGCCAGAAGACUGAGAGGAGACUGCAGACCCUUAGCUGGACUAUAAAGUCUUUGAAAAUUGACUUUCCCUUGCUGUCUCUUGCAUUCUUCGUUGUGUGAUAAAUAAGGGGACUGGAUGAGUCAUCUUUUCCAAGCCCAUCAG